GAUUUGGUUUCUCGUCCUGCUGGUGCUCAUGCCAGUGCAAGGCGAGCGCCCUUGCCCAGAGGGCAGCCGGACUUUGCUGCUGCAGAGUGUGGGGGGACCCUCCCCUUCCCACAUGUUCCCCUGCCUCCCACUGCCUUGCUCCCUGGGGUCAGAUUCCCCUGUUCUUCUCUCCCUCUCCCAGCCUUACCUGAGGCAUUACAUAAACCCAAGAGCUCUUGACCGAAAGAACUGCAUUGUCAAAAGUCGUUCAAAGUCUGCUGUGUGCAGCAGAUGGCCUGCUGCCAUUCACAGGCUGUGUUUUGAAACUGCAUCUGCUUCUGCACAUCCUUGCCAUCGCAUAAACUAUUAGUAAGAAAUGUUUGCUUCAAAACUGGUGCAGUGAGUUGCGGCGUUGGGAGUUGCAUCUUUCUAUUAAUUGGUUGAUAUCCCAAAAAAGUGUAGGCACAUGGCUACAAGGGGUGCCUCUUGCAGUUACAGGAGAGCUUGGAAAGAUGAGCCCCUGAGCAUGUCAGCCCUAGAAGCGGCUGCUGGAGCAUCCGUUGCGUUCGUCCUCUGCACCUGUGGUAACUGCCUGAGCAGCGGGAGCGUCUUUCUUUGUUAUUGUCAAGUGGCUUUUGAAUAAUCCUUCUGGAACAACUGCUUCAUCUGGGGUUUGGCCCAGUAUUUUUAUGAUAUGGAUCAAGUGGAUUUGGCCAGAAGACCUAGGGUGUCUUUUCUUUUUUUCCUACAUCUUGGGUCCUCUUGGCCUGUGACCUCAUGACCCAGGGGAUUUUGGCUUUGGUCACGUCCACCGGCUGUGCAUCUGCCAACGCCCUGCAGUCCCUCACGGAUGCCAUGCACAUCCCACACCUUUUUGUCCAGCGCAACCCCGGGGGGUCGCCACGCACCGCCUGCCACCUGAACCCCAGCCCUGAUGGUGAGGCCUACACACUGGCUUCGAGACCACCCGUCCGCCUCAACGACGUCAUGCUCAGGCUGGUGACGGAGCUGCGCUGGCAGAAGUUCGUCAUGUUCUACGACAGCGAGUAUGAUAUCCGUGGGCUUCAAAGCUUUCUGGACCAGGCCUCGCGGCUGGGCCUUGACGUCUCUUUACAAAAGGUGGACAAGAACAUUAGCCAUGUAUUCACCAGCCUCUUCACCACGAUGAAGACAGAGGAGCUGAACCGCUACCGGGACACGCUUCGCCGUGCCAUCCUGCUGCUCAGCCCGCAGGGAGCCCACUCCUUCAUCAACGAGGCCGUGGAGACCAACCUGGCUUCCAAGGACAGCCACUGGGUCUUUGUGAAUGAGGAAAUCAGUGACCCGGAGAUCUUGGAUCUGGUCCAUAGUGCCCUUGGAAGGAUGACCGUGGUCCGGCAAAUCUUUCCGUCUGCAAAGGACAAUCAGAAAUGCAUGAGGAACAACCACCGCAUCUCCUCCCUGCUCUGCGACCCCCAGGAAGGCUACCUCCAGAUGCUGCAGAUCUCCAACCUCUAUCUGUAUGACAGUGUUCUGAUGCUGGCCAACGCCUUUCACAGGAAGCUGGAGGACCGGAAGUGGCAUAGCAUGGCAAGCCUCAACUGCAUACGGAAGUCCACUAAGCCAUGGAACGGUGGGAGGUCCAUGCUGGACACCAUCAAAAAGGGCCACAUCACUGGCCUCACUGGGGUGAUGGAGUUUCGGGAGGACAGUUCGAAUCCCUAUGUCCAAUUUGAAAUCCUUGGCACUACCUAUAGUGAGACUUUUGGCAAAGACAUGCGCAAGUUGGCGACGUGGGACUCAGAGAAGGGCUUGAAUGGCAGCUUGCAAGAGAGGCCCAUGGGCAGCCGCCUCCAAGGAUUGACUCUCAAAGUGGUGACUGUCUUGGAAGAGCCUUUCGUGAUGGUGGCUGAGAACAUCCUAGGACAGCCUAAGCGCUACAAAGGGUUCUCCAUAGAUGUCCUGGAUGCACUGGCCAAGGCUCUGGGCUUCAAAUAUGAGAUUUAUCAAGCCCCUGAUGGCAGGUAUGGUCACCAGCUCCAUAACACCUCCUGGAACGGGAUGAUCGGGGAGCUCAUCAGCAAGAGAGCAGACUUGGCCAUCUCUGCCAUCACCAUCACCCCAGAAAGGGAGAGCGUUGUGGACUUCAGCAAGCGGUACAUGGACUAUUCGGUGGGAAUUCUAAUCAAGAAACCUGAGGAGAAAAUCAGCAUCUUCUCCCUCUUUGCUCCAUUCGAUUUUGCUGUGUGGGCCUGCAUUGCAGCAGCCAUCCCCGUGGUUGGUGUGCUGAUAUUUGUGUUGAACAGGAUACAGGCUGUGAGGGCUCAGAGUGCUGCCCAGCCCAGGCCAUCAGCUUCUGCUACUCUGCACAGUGCCAUCUGGAUUGUCUACGGAGCCUUCGUACAGCAAGGUGGUGAAUCUUCCGUGAACUCCGUGGCCAUGCGCAUCGUGAUGGGCAGCUGGUGGCUCUUCACGCUCAUUGUGUGCUCCUCUUACACAGCCAACCUUGCUGCCUUCCUCACAGUGUCUAGGAUGGACAACCCCAUAAGGACUUUCCAGGACUUGUCCAAACAAGUGGAGAUGUCUUAUGGCACCGUCCGGGAUUCUGCUGUAUAUGAGUACUUCCGAGCCAAGGGCACCAACCCCCUGGAGCAGGACAGCACGUUUGCCGAACUCUGGCGGACCAUCAGCAAGAACGGAGGGGCUGACAACUGUGUGUCCAGUCCUUCAGAAGGCAUCAGGAAGGCAAAGAAGGGGAACUACGCCUUCCUGUGGGAUGUGGCCGUGGUGGAAUACGCAGCCCUGACAGAUGACGACUGCUCGGUGACUGUCAUCGGCAACAGCAUCAGCAGCAAGGGUUACGGGAUCGCCCUGCAGCAUGGCAGCCCCUACAGGGACCUCUUCUCCCAGAGGAUCCUGGAGCUGCAGGACACAGGGGACCUGGAUGUGCUGAAGCAGAAGUGGUGGCCACACAUGGGCCGCUGUGACCUCACCAGCCAUGCCAGUGCCCAGGCCGACGGCAAAUCCCUCAAGCUGCACAGCUUCGCCGGAGUCUUCUGUAUCCUGGCCAUCGGCCUGCUCCUGGCCUGCCUGGUGGCUGCCCUGGAGUUGUGGUGGAACAGCAACCGGUGCCACCAGGAGACCCCCAAGGAGGACAAAGAAGUGAACUUGGAGCAGGUCCACCGGCGCAUGAACAGCCUCAUGGAUGAAGACAUUGCUCACAAGCAGAUUUCCCCAGCGUCAAUUGAGCUCUCGGCCCUGGAGAUGGGGGGCCUGGCUCCCACCCAGACCUUGGAGCCAACACGGGAGUACCAGAACACCCAGCUCUCAGUCAGCACCUUUCUGCCGGAGCAGAGCAGCCAUGGCACCAGCCGGACACUCUCAUCAGUGCCCAGCAGCAACCUGCCACUGCCGCUGAGCAGCUCAGCCACCAUGCCCUCCAUGCAGUGCAAACACAGGUCGCCCAACGGGGGGCUGUUCCGGCAGAGCCCGGUGAAGACCCCCAUCCCCAUGUCCUUCCAGCCCGUGCCUGGAGGCGUCCUUCCAGAGGCUCUGGACACCUCCCACGGGACCUCCAUCUGACCGCGCCGCCUGCCCUCCCACCCACCCUCCCACCCACCCGACCAGCAGAGCUUUUUAAUACAAGAAGACAACAACACAAACCACACACACUGGCACACACACACAUACACAGAGACUCUUUCAUUUUUCUUGUACAUAUGUGUAAAUAAUGACAGAAUGGAGUGGGGUAAAAGUGUAUUUUGAAUAUUCCCAAUUUUCGAAGUCAGUAAAAAAAACACAAAAACUGUAUGAAUGACUUUGUAAAUUUUGUUCUAUAUGAAUAAAAAGGAAAAUUACUUGUGAUCA